AUGAAUAAGAAUUAUAAUAUUAAUAGAAAUACUACUAGUGGUAGUGGUGUUACUUCGAAAAUAACAACAAAUAAUAAUAGUGUUAGUAGUUUAACAGAAAAUAAUAAUAUAGUUCAAAAACAAAUACAACAACAAUCAACAAGUUCGAUGUUUAUACCAAAGCAAAAUCGAAACUAUCAAAUUAGACAGACACCACCACCACCACAAUCAUCACAACUACAAAAGAUUCAGGAUGAUCAGGACAAUGUUACUCCACCUCCAUUGAAAAAAGUUAAAAAAAAUACGAUUGUUAUACCGAUUGUAUCUUCACCUACCUCUUCACCUUCAAAAUCUAAAUCAUCAUCAUCAUCAUCUUCAAACAACAAACACACAAACAAUAAAAGUGUUAAAUUCAAAGAAAAUGAAGAAAUAAUUAUAAAACAAAAUAAAAACUAUUCGACAACAACCACAACCACUACGUCAAAUUCAAAUGAAAGUGGAAACAUUAUCGAUCAACAACAACAACAACAACCAAACAAGACAUUACCAAUUAUCAUUCAAAAAUAUAUAAUAGAGCUGAUAGUUGAUGAUUGUCACCGUUCACUGAGAGCUGUCAAUCGAGUUUGGCGAAAGACAUCCGAUGCGUUUGUGCGUGCUCUCACCGUGUAUUUUAGUGAUCUUCACAUCACCGCGUCACAGGCAUAUACAUCGGAGACGUUCCAAAGUAAAUUGAUAAGCGAAUACCUCUCGUUGCGAUCGAUCUCUUUUGUCAAUGCCGACUCCUACCAGUCGGUGAUUGGCGUAAGUCGUCAUCUGUUCAACGCAUACAUCUACCCGUUCAUCAGAAACACACUGCGGCGUUGCACAACACUCGAAUCCGUUACUAUCAAGGGUUAUCCACUUUCAUUGAUCGAUGUUACCAGUAACAACAAGCAACAGGAUGGCGAUGAUGACAGUGGCGACCAAGACUACAACCGCCUUCUCCGCGAGAAUAGAAUCACUCUUAACACCGGAAACACUAUUAACUUUGGUCCGCUCGUCCAUCUCGACCUCUCAAAGAACAACAUCAACGUGAACGGUGUUAAAGCGCUCGGUGCUUAUCUUGCCGGCAGUUCGUCCGGACAACUUCAACAACAACAAAACCAACUAGAAUCACUCGAUUUAAGUUACAAUACGCUUGGUGUUGACGGUGCAAAGAAACUGGCAAAGUCACUGGCUGGUCACCAAGUACUCGCGCAGCUGGAUUUGUCAUUCAACAGGAUAUGUAACGAUGGAUUCGAAUACUUGGUAAUUGCACUACGAAAGAACCGAAUACAACAGCUAGUAUUACAAUCGAACCAGAUCGAUAACCGAUGUGCCAAGACGCUGUUGCAGUUGCUUGUUGAGCGGUCAGCAGCAACAACAGUUCCAUUGACAAACAUCAAUCUAGCUACCAAUCGAUUUGGUAUCACCGGAUUCAAAGAUACCUUUCAUUCACUCUCGAAAUACAACCGAAUUCAAAUCAUAGGUGAGACAACCAUCUAUUCAAACUUUCAACAACAACAACAACAUCAACAACAACAACAACAACCACAACCACCAACACAAUAUAUAGAUCAAAAUGUUACUUCAACAACUACAACAACAAACAACACGAUAAACAUUACAACAAAACCAACCGAAAUGAAUAUAUCAACAUUAAAUCAACCUGAAAACACUCCAACUACAACAACAACUAUACAUCAAACUGAAUGUAAUAUCAAUUUAACAGGUAACAAGUUAACAAUGGAUGGUGCAACUAAACAUUUGAAGACUUUCCAAGAAGAUUCAAAGAAUAUUAAUAAAACAAUUUACAAACAGAUUUCAAUUAAUCUGUGA